CGUUCAUUCUUUACAGUUAUCUUACUGAUAACAGAUACUUCUGCUUCGUUAGAUAAGUGAAGUAGCAAUACUUUUAUUCGCUUGUGUUAACCAUCAAGUGAUCUGAAUUUGUUCAUGAUGCAACCCGUAGUAGCGUGUUUUAUAUUUAUUCUUCGGCCUCUUGACAGCUGAAAAUGUACUUUCCGCUGAGGCAUCUGGCUAUGCUAACAUUCUGGAGUUCCCUUACUAUGCAUCAAUUGAAACAGAUGGAGAAUUUUUGUGUGCCGCUACGAUAAUUGAUGACAAAUAUGUGAUGUCGACCAAUUCGUGUGUGAGCGGGUACAAUGCUAGCUCACUGCAAGUUAGGGUGGGCACUGACAAGCUGGGACACCGUGGCCAGCUGUUCCAGGUCAUCGGAAUCUCUCCCUACGUAAACUCAGGGAUGAACCCUGCUCCAGGCCCUACACCAUCGUUCGCUGCGGAUGUGGCCCUUAUUAAGACCGCUGUUUCUUUCACGUAUGACCCUCGUGUGAUGUGGCUGAACCCUAACAACGAUGGAAUACACGGACUACAAGGAGGAGUCAUCGCUUCAUGGGGUAACCCUAAGAUAUUGGGCAGUCCACUCAUCUCAGCUUCUGUGACAGUACUUCCCCCCGCUGGCUGCGCUUAUAUCUAUAAUGGUAUCAGGAACAUAUCCAGCACCGAGUUCUGUGUUUGGCCGGCUGAUACCAGCAGCCAGCCUUGCCUUGCAGACCUUGGAGCCCCCUUCUACUACAACGAGCAGUACUACGGGUUGGUUACCUACAACCCAGGAUGUUCCAAUACCGCCUUCCCCGUCAUCGUCACCGAGGUCUCCCAGUUCACCAGUUUCAUCAUCACCAUCCUCUGUGACAUGGCGUCCUUCUUCCCAUAAAAUAACUUUAUCUUGUUAAAAUUACUGUAUGUGAUAAGUCUCAACUCACUUGUACGUUUAUAGGAGCAAUUUACAUUUGUAAAUAACAGUUAAGUUAUAGAUAAAAAAUAUAAAAAAACCCCAAAUUUGA